AUGAAUCUGUAAUCUUAUACCCUUUCGUAGACUUACAAGGAGGUAAGCGAGACUGUGAUUGGUCAGCUUAGGAUUGUAUACGAUACUUAUCUUCUUACAAAUGCUAACUCUUCAAUGAAUAAUGGCCUUAAUGUUGAUAAUAAGUUUGAUAAGGAAAUUGAAUUCAAUUAGGCUCAUUAAUUUAUUGAUCCUCAUAACUUAUAAAACACAAUGGAGAUAAGUUCAGUUCUCUCCUAAUCUCAGCAACAAAAUAACAUAUUCUAAAAAGAGUCUGCAAGAGAAACUUAUAACUCAUAAUAGCAGAAAAGCUAAUCAUAACCCCAGCAAAAUAAUCUUAAUAUCUCUUAUCAAACUAAUCAAAAUCAGUUCAAUCAGUAAUUAACUGGAAAUAUGAACUUAUUCUUAUAAACUUAGGAGCUUUAAGCAGAGAACGACUAUCUGAAAAAGCAGAUAUAAGUUCUGAAGUCAUCCAUAGACGAUAGGAUUUAAGAAUAGAAGCAAAUGAUGGAAGAUACAUAGACAAAGGACUAAGAGUUAAGGGAACUUAUUGAUAUGGUUAGAAACUAUGAAGAUCAAAUUAGAGAACUUCAAGCCAAAUUAGAAGAGUAAAUAUACCUUCACGAAUAAAGAGAAGAAAUCAAGAUGAUCAAAUAAUAAUCUGAGAUUUAAGCUCAUUAGGAAAUAUAGCAGGUAAAGUUACUUUUCCAAGAGUUUAUUCUAGUUAAAGAUGAAAUUGAAAAGUAGAUGGAGGACUUAGUGAAAAGGAUUCUAGAUAAAGAUGAUACUGAAGCGAGAGAUUAACAGCUGUUUAAGUCUUAAACAGCUAUGAACAAAUUUAAGGAGGGAUUCUCGAAUAGGAAAAUAUAGGAUAUAAUGCGCUGUGAAAUUGCGGAAGUAAAAGAAAUGCUAGAAGUACUAAGAGAUUUAUCUUCACUAAUAAUGCAAAUGAUAUCUGAGAAAAGGCAAUUGAAAGUUUAGUUGUAGGCUGAGUUAGAAUUAAGAAAUCAAAUAGAAAAAGCUUUGGAUAAUUAAGAACUAGAGUGCUUAUCUCCUGAUUUACUCAUAAUGAAGAUAAAAACACUAGAACAUGUACUUAAUGGGAUUUAAUCUAUUUUCAAUCAGUCUGAUAAUAACAAUUAAUCAUUAAAUGGAGCAAGCUAAGGUUAGAAUCAGAAUUAAUCAAGUUAAUAUCUCAUUUAUCAGCAGUUGAGAUUAUUCAGCACAGAAUAAUUAGAUGAGAAAGCAAGACUUAUGGAUAAAAUAAGACUAAUUGAGUAGCUGAGUACUUAGUAAAAUGAGGACAUCUAAGGCCUUAUUACAAGAGUUGAGGAAUGUGAAAGGGAAAAUACAGAACUUAGAAUCAGAGGUGAUUAGAAAAUAGAGGAUGAGAAAAAGAAGUUGCUCCAAGAAGUUGAGGAGUUAAAGAAAAAUGAGUAAUAAUUGGAGGAGGCAUUGUCUUCAAGGUUUGAAGAGGAGAUUAUAAGGAUAUAAAUUGAGUAGCAAAGGGAUCUUGAGAGCUAAUUUGUAGCAAAAAUAGUGGAGAUUCUUAAAAUCUCUCAUCAAGAGUAAGGUAAUAACAUAAGUGACUAUGAGGAAGCUGUAAAAUAUUUUGAAUUAAAAGUUAAAACAAUGAUUGAUAAGAUUGAAAUACUCACAGAGAAUAAAGACCUACUAAUGAAAGAAAGAAUGAUUUUCGAAGAGAGAAUGCAAGAAUUUUCUUAUGAGAGUUAAGUGGCAAACAAAAAGAUUGAAUAACUCAAUCAGCAACUUCUAUAAGUGAAUAAUCAAUAUCAAAGUGAAUUAUAAUAAAUGAGGGAAGAAAAAGAGCAGGUAAAUUAGAAUGCAAAUAUGCUAUUAGCUAAAUUCAGAUAAACAGCAAGUGAAUUGCAUGAAGUAAGAGAAGAAAAAGAAAAACUAAGAAAAGAUGUAGGUAAACUAUAAGAGCUAAUAGAUCAGUAUGAUAGAAGACUUUCUAAUCAUAAAAAUUCAAGUCUUUAAAACAGUGCGAUUAGUAGCAUCAAUUAGCCAUCAAUCUCGUAUCAAAGUAGACCUCCUUUAAGCUUGGGUAAGUAGGACUAUUCAGGGUCGCCAUAUAAUGCUGAGGGUACCAAGUCAUUACCUAGCUCAACUCAGAAUAGAAAGCCAAUAUAAAUAUAUAAUUCAUCAUUGAUUGGAAGCUUAGGCUAAAAUGGUUAAAAUUCGCAUCCGUCUAGAGAAAGAAAUGAGAGCUUAUCUCAUUAAAUAGGCAAUGCCUUAUCAAAUAACGUGAAUGUAACAAAUCAACAACUUAGAUCCUCAUUGGAUGAGAAAUAACUCUCAAAUCUAAUUAAGGAUUACAAAUCUGAAAACUUGAAGUUCUCUCAAAAGGUCCAAGAACUAUAAAAGAAAAUAUAGAGCACAGCAUAGUUGUCUCCAUUUAAAUAGAAUCAAUUAAACAGUGCGAGUAGUGCUUAGACAAUAAGGCCUAACUCAUCAAAGCCAAUUCAAAGGAAUGGAAAUUUCAAUCAAAAUUAAAACUAAAACCCAAAGUUAAACCUAAAUAAACAAUACUUCUAAACAUUAUAAACGGACGAAACUUAUUCAGCAAUAAAGAAUUAAGAUAAUAAUUAAUAAAACAGUGGAAGGCCAAGCAGUAGUAAUCCGAACUAUCGAACUCUUACUUGUAGUGUGAAGAAGAACUAAAAAUGA